AUGGGGAAACUUUUGUCAUUCAUUGGUGGUCCUUGUUCGUGCAUUGGGUAUCGCUUCUCUCUGGUGGAGAUGAAAGCUAUUCUCUUCACUCUCAUAAGGGCAUUCGAAUUCAAAUUAGCCGUCCCGGGAGCGGAAAUCGCGAAAAGGACCGUUAUCGUGCAACGCCGUUGCUCAGGAGUAAUCCUGAUGCCGGAAAGUUGGAACCAAAUGCCCAUUAUACUCAAACCAUACCAGAAGGUGUGA